AUGAAGGAUCUAAGAAAUAACAAUAAAUUGAUGGGUGGUGUGACAGUAUUACUUGCUGGUGAUUUUCGUCAAACAUUACCAGUCGUUAAAAGAGCUUACUUACACGGAAAAAAAGAUGUUGAAGAUUUUUCUAAGAUAUUAUUGGACAUCGGAAAUGGAAGGAUUCCGGAAUUAGACAAUCGUAUAGUAAUACCUGAGAACAUCGGUACAUUAGUUUCAAAUUUAGAUGAGCUGACUGAAAGUAUUUAUUCUGACAUCAAAAAUUCCAAAGAGCUUUCGAGUGAGUGGCUCAGUGAAAGAGCAAUUCUAACAACGACGAACGAGAAAGCUUCAAUUAUUAACAUAAAAAUAUUAGACAUGUUAGAAGGAGAGGAAGUAACGUAUUCAUCGAUAGAUAGUGUAGUAGUGGAUGAUGAUAUUGUAAAUUUUCCUACAGAAUUUUUAAAUACGCUGAAUCCACCAGGCAUGUCCAGUCAUAAAUUGGUGCUCAAAGUAGGUGCUCCAAUUAUACUCAUCAGGAAUCUAAACCCUCCUCAAUUAUGCAAUGGAACACGACUUCAAAUUAUUUCAUUACAGCGAAAUAUUAUUGAAGCUAAGAUUUUGACAGGUUGCGGAAUUGGAGAAACAGUAUUUAUCCCCCGAAUACCAAUUAUUUCUGCAGAUUAUAAUUUUGAAUUUAAGCGUAUUCAAUACCCAAUCAAAUUGUGUUUUGUUAUGACAAUAAACAAGUCUCAAGGUCAAACCUUGAAGAUAGCUGGAUUAGAUUUAUCUUCUGAUUGUUUUUCUCAUGGACAAUUCUAUGUUGGAUGCUCUAGAGUGAGUGAUUCUUCGAGUUUAUUUAUUUAUGCACCAGAAGACGGUACGACCCGUAAUUUAGUUUACAAAGAAGCAUUGUCAUAA